AUGAUGGAAGAGGUAGAACUUAUCGGGAUAGAUGCAGAUAAAUCAGAAAUAUCAAGCGCCAGGCUCAGACUAGAACAGCUUCGCUACAGAAUUGAUGGCCGCUUGAGCGGGCCCUCUGUUAGGAUAAUACUGAUUCAGCGGCCAGUUUCUGCAAUACCCGCAAUGAAUAUUUUUUUUGAUGGGCUCUCGGCGAUUGAGAUCAUUGAGCACCUGGCUCCCGACGAAUUGGAGGCCUUUCCAGAGCUUUUCCGCUAUUCGUCAGACUUUUUGUCAAAGGCAACCGUUACUACGCCAAACUCGGAAUAUAAUCUUUUUUUGCCGUGCGGACCAACACGAUUUCGACACCCAGACCACAAAUUUGAGUGGACGAGGGCCGAAUUUAGACAUUGGUGCCGUUCCCAUCUUGUGGAUCCAAACAUCGCCUGUCACUGCCAGUUUGAGCAAAUUGGAAUCCUGCCUGGUAAGGGAAGCAUGUCUGCUACAGGAGGUUGUUCGCAAGCUUUCACCAUCAGCCUGCAAUUAAAAAAGGCACGGAUUCCACCAUUCAUCCCUCCAGCGGAUGCAUUUACUUUCCACUUCAAAAGCAAAAAGCUAGCAGACAGGGAGCGGUCCUUUCUUAUCUCAAUGCUGAAGCCACUGGUGUAUAAAAAGGAGGCUGUAUUACUUUCAGAUGCUGUAAUUCAGUUAAAUUGCCUACGCUAUUCAGAGGAAUUUAUCACAGAUGCGAUCGCUAGGAGUGAUGAACUGGACUUGACCAUGGACGGUAAGUCGUUUUAUGAGGUCUGCAAAAAUUUUAAUUAA